AAUACUUCUGUAUUAUUGUGAUGUGAACUUUUUAAGCUAUGCUCUUAUUGUUUUGUCUUUACAGUGGAUUGAGGUGUGGUUGUUUUGGUGUUAAAGGCUGUUUGUAUUUUCAGUGAUGGAAGGAAAGUGUUAAGCACAUACAGAAGGACGACGAAGCAUGAAUGCCUACGAAGUAGCACGAAGACAUAAGUGACAGCAGUUGUGCAGGUUUUUUUUUUGUGUGUCUUUUCCCAGGUGGUGCAGGAUUCACCCUUACCCUGAUGUGUUUGAAGAAGUGUUAAGCACAUACAAGAGAACGACAGAGCAAGAACGCCUACAAAGAAGCACGGAGGCAUACAGAAGUGCACCAAGACAAAUGCACCACAACUAAUCAUGCAGGCUUUACUAAAACUUAAUAAAUUAGUUAUUUACAAUAACACUUAUAACCAAUCAGACUGAAAACUGGCUUAACUGCAUCAUGUCAUUGUGUUUGUAUUUUCAGUGAUUGAAGAGAAGUAUUAAGCACAUACAAGAGGACGACAGAGCAUGAACACCUACGAAGAAGCACAGAGGCAUACAGAAGUGCACGACAAUGCACCAAGAUGAAUGCACUGCCUCAAAUGCACAAGAGAGGAAUAUGGGACCAGGGGAACGUCCAGAAUCUCUCAGAACCUGAUGUGGAGAGGGCAAAAGAGUCCUGCCAGCCUGGCCAGGAGACAGCAGUUCUGCAUUUAAAAAAAAAUAAAAAAUCCAGGUGGUGCUGGAUUCACCCUUACCCUCUUGAUGAUGAUGACGACGACACCGAUUACUAAAAUUUAAUAAAUUAGUUAUUUACAAUAACGCAAUUAUAACUGACCAGGCUAAAAUCUGUCUCAACUGCAUCAUGUUAUUGUGUUUGCAUUAUCAGUGAUUGAAGAAAAGUGUUAAGCACAUACUGGAGGACGACCGAGCAAGAACGUCUACGAAGAAGCACAGAGGCAUACAGAAGUGCAUGGAAAUGCACAAAGACGAAUGCACCGUGACUAAUCAUAAAGGCUUGUAGUACACUUUGUGUUUGGACUUUAAUUUCAAUAUUUAAGAGCAAUUACAUUUCCAAUACUCUUCGAGGUUUAUUGUUCCCAAUCACCACAAGGUGGGAGCAGCAUCAUGUUUUUGUCUUUGUAAUAUUCAAAACUCUAUUCGGCAUCUCAAGUGCAAGACAGGAGAACUGGACCAGAGGAUUGUUCAGAAUCUCUUAAGAACCUGAUAUGGAGAGGGCAAAAAAGGAGUCCCGGCAGCCUGGUGGUAUUCAAGAAAGUCACCGGUGUACCUAAUAAAGUGCUUGCAAUCAGCGAGUUCUGAGUCGUCUAGAUCCGCUGUGUGUAUUUGGGUCAUUAGCACGAUGCCCUCGUUAUCAGACAAUCAGCAAGGAGAAAUGGCACGACGUAGCACCCGUCUGGUAAAGAGCAGAUUCUACCCCCCUGAUGAUGAUACAGCCAGCACCAGCUCUACUGGAUCGACUGGACAGAUAUCUUACAGGGAGAGUCCCUUCAGGGUUUUUAAAAGAAAGCCAGGAAAUCACAGAGCGGGCUCGGCUUCCCACAGCACCAUCGCCAGCAGCGAAUCCCAAGAACUGAACAUUAGCGAGAUUCUCAAAGCAGAAGGUUUAACAGUGAGGAGAAACCCUGUUUUUCAGACUCUGAGUACCACCUCAUCAAAAACAGUGACCCUGGUGGAGCCAUCAGGUUUCUCUUCAGGAUACUCAUCAUCUGAGGAAGGUUAUUGCACUGACUGCCAUACGAACAGCCUACCCACCAGUUCUUCUAAAAGUCCUACAGAAAGGCUCAGACUCCGAGACAUGCUGACCACCUCACCAGCUCGAGCCUUUGGCGUGCUGUAUUUUUGGCUUGGCAUGGCUUGGUACAGUCUAACAUCUGGAACGUCUCUACUGAAUGUUUCACUGCUCAGCAGAUUCACUACGCACUUAAAGAAGAUUAUCCUCCUUAUCCUCCUCCUUUUUCUGCUAGUCUUUGGUCUUUGGUACUGGUUUCCAUCUCUUGUUGCUCUGCUUUCUCGCUGUUCCACCACUAGUCCAAUUCAGACAAAACAGCCUCCUGUUUUCACCACACUUGGUGAUCGUGAUCUGUAUGCCAGUUUUUCGGAUUUGAAAGAUGAGAUCUACGGCCACCUUGAGGAACAUGAGAGGAAGUUGAAGGACCAGCGCAGGCAGAUGGAGGAUGUGCUGAGCAAGAUUACUUUACUGAAGCAGGAUGGAGAAAAGCAGACGUCUGAACAUGAGAACCUUAAAAAGGACACAAAGGACCUGAGGAUCAACAUGAGGAAUGUCGAGUCUGAGCAGCGCACUUUGCUUCAAGGGUUGAGCGACGUGAACAGUCAGACGUCUGUUCUCAGAUCGGACGUCUCUCAGCUUCACUUGUCCUCUGAACAGCUUGGUCUGAGAAUCAGUGCCCAGGAAUCUCAGAAUGCCAAGUUAAAGGCAGAGCUCUCUGAACAGCUGCUGCAGCAGCUGGCUGGUCCUCUAGACACUCAGAGUGAUGUGGUGAUGCGACCAGACAUGCAGAGGGCGCUGGAAGAUCUGGAAAAGAAAAUAAUGGACCGAUUGGGACGAGAACGGAGCGAGGAGAGGAGAGACGUGUGGCGAAGCGUUGGAGAGACGCUGACACAGGAAGGAGUCGGAGCUAUCACUGUAAAGGAUAUUGAACGCAUCGUGUGGCGGGCGCUGUGCCUUCACAGAGCCGGUGGUAUAGGAAUGGCAGACUACGCACUUGAGUCUUCAGGUGCCAGUGUGAUCAACACUCGGUGUUCUGAAACGUACCACACCAAGUCGGCGUGCAUCAGUCUGUUUGGAUUCCCUCUUUGGUACCCAUCUGAAAGCCCUCGCACUGUUAUACAGCCUGAACUCUACCCAGGUAAAUGCUGGCCGUUUCGGGGAUCUCAGGGUUUCCUGGUGAUUUCGCUGUCCCACCCAGUGCACGUUACCCACAUCAGUUUGGAGCAUCUGCCUCGAGUUCUCUCACCGACCGGGAACAUUGACAGCGCGCCUAAAGACUUCGCUGUUUACGGACUAGUUUCUGAAAUAGAUAAAGAAGGAAAUCAUCUCGGCACUUUCACUUACGACCGAGAUGGAGAAUCAAUUCAGACCUUCCAGCUUCCGAAUGCUCCGAGUGAAGUCUACCAGUUGGUGGAGCUACGAAUCCUGAGCAACUGGGGUCACCCUGAAUACACCUGUGUGUACCGCUUCAGGGUGCACGGCCGCCCCCAUGCCACCUAAUUAAGGAAAGUGAAGAAAUUUUACAGGAACUUUAGUAAGACUUUACAAAAAAUGAAUGUUUGUUCGUAGGCAUACAUAAUACCUAAACACUUUCUGGUCUAAAAUUGAGCCGGUUUUGGCUGGUAUUUAUUUUAAAAUAACGUUGUCUUAUAUAGGUUUAUCUGCCCAAGGUUUCUGAACAAAACACUAGACCAACAGAUUAUACGUUCCUCUAAAUCGUAUGUGACGGCUUGUCAUUAAAAUUUACUAAGUUUAUCUUACAGAAGUGUUUUGAAUUGUCUCUUAUUAAAGAGAGCUUAAAUGUGGGUGUUAUGUAGAUCUGUGAACACCAUCCUUAUGUAGUAUCAUGUAAAAUUUCAAUCAGCUUCGCCAAAUAAUAAAUGCAAAGUUUAGUAUAUCGUAUUGUUAACAUUGUCUGCAGAACUGAUGCUCAGGUUGUAAAAUUUCUCUUUUCACUAAAUGCUGGAUUUGUGCUCUCUUAUCUGAACACCAUACCUGCACAUUAUAAACAGGCUACCUAUGACACACCUGGCAAGUAUUUUGUAAAUGGUGGUCGAGUGAGAGCAGAAAAAUACUUUUAAUUAUCAAAACAAUUUGCACUAUUUAUGAAGAAUGCAGGUCAUUGUUAUAUUAAAAAAAAACUUUAUUUAAUAACUAAACAUUCUUAAGCAAAAAAUUAAAGAGAAGUCAAAGUUUUUAAAAGAUGUUAAUGUCCAGCAAAACCUUUUUCACAAAGGUAAUGUUUUAUAAAGGUGUUGAGGUUUUUUUUUUAAUUAUUUUUUAAACUGUCUUAUCAAAAUAUGAUGUUGAGUUCAGGAAGUUACACAUUUGUUGUUGUUCAGCCUAAUUUCAUAUUCUGCACUAAAAAGCUUUAACCUGGUCAGAUUUGCAUCAGGUCUGGUUUCACUAGGAAACACUGGGCAAGAAUACCCUGGACUGGGCACUAAAUUUUCAGCCACCCUCUAUCCCACAGACGGCUAAUCAUGCCUGGCUAACGUUUUGAUGCUAAUCUAUGAGCUACUGCUGCCCUAAUUCUUAUUGUGCCUUCUCACCUUCAAAAAUCCCUAAACUUACUGAACUCAACUUUGUUUAGAACAUCAUUUGCUUUUGCUUACUUGUUAAUAUGGGUAAUUAUUGUUACAAAACUAAAUAUUAAGUAAGACAAUAGUUUUGUUUGGCUGGUAUUUUGCAGCCAUAAGCGCUACUGGCACAAAAUUCUGUGCAAUUUUUAAUGAUUUCAUCAAAUGGAUUACUUUUAAUUUAGGUCUGCUUAAAAAUACGACUAUAAGAAAAGUGAGGAUAUUUUGAGACGGGUCGAAUUUUGAAUUUAUGUAAAAAGCACAUAUUGUUUAACUUGCCACAAUAUUUAGGAAGGUUAUUUAAAAUGUUUUUGUUUGCACACAGCAGUUCAUAGUUUAGUGUUUGCUUGGACUUUACAAUGUAAAAGUGAUGAACAAAUAAUAAACAAAUGUUCCACAUUAAUUUUAUUAUGGACUUCCACGACUGCUACAUUUGAUCCAAGUCUAUAUCAUAUUUCCAGACGCUGUACAAAUCUGAAGUGAUAGUUUGCACUGAUAGUUGUACAUCUUACAUUAAAAUUGCAUUGUUAUUAAUAUAUGUUGUUAAUAAUUGUUAAAAUUGUUAAAAUAGUUGUUAAAAUAUGUCUAAAACAAGCCUAAACUAGCUCAUAUGAAUCUGGUUGAUUAGUUUUAUGCAUGUACAAUAUUGUUCAGAUUUGUUGAGUGUAUUGUAAUUAUGAUAAAAUAAUAAUCAUUGAAUUCCUUGUGCUAAACCAGCUGUAUGUGGUUUAAUGUAAACUUUUUUGGCUUUUAAUUUUGAUGUUGGAAUGUUAGAUAUCACAGUCUAAAAUUGUGUGAUGUACAAUUUUGGUUGUUUUAUCAGUCCUGCUGGGUCAGGAAAACUUUGAUAAUAUUUUAAGAGUUUUAUUAAAUACAACAUUUAAACCAUAUUUUAAUGUUAUUUCUGUAUACAUUAUGGCUAAAUAAACCUAAUAUUUUAUAAUAUAA